AAGGAAGACGAAUAUAACCUCAAUAUAUUCACACAUAAAAUUGAAGAAAUUAUUAUAUUUGUAUUCUGGAAUAAUGUCAUUCAUUACCACAUUCAUACCAAAAUUUCGUUAUUUAACUUCGAUUACAUCCAGCAUAGGAAGUAGAUUUGCUCAACCCUCCAACAACUUUCAUUGUAUCACGUCCGGAUCUGCUUCAGCUGUAAAUCCUGGAGGCAUAUUCAACAUAUUCACUAGGACAGUCAUAAGAAACCAUUUUCCAAGACCUUCAGAAAGGAGGCGAAUCAAGAGACAUGGUUGGGUGACUAGGAUGAAAAUAGCCUCAGGAAGAAGGGUUCUAAUGAACAGAAUUCUUAAAGGUAGAUUUGUCUAUUCACAUUGAGACAGGAGUUAUGUCAUGUUAUAGUUAAAUAAUAAAUGAGCCAUAAAAUGUAAAUACUGCUAUGUAUUUUCUCAUAUUGAGUUGAAUAAUCCAUUAAAUAUACCUAUUAUGAUUUUUUUUUCAAUUCACAAUUGAAAUCAAAGGCUGUUAGAUCUUGCACUAAGUA